CAGCCGCUUGGCUUCUAUUGCUUCUGUCUGGCGUUUUUCCUUUGAGCGUGUGUGCCCUGCAGCCUCUGCUCCGGUACACGGUACUUCCGGAACAGAAUGGGACGUCACUCCACAGACUCGGAAGAGGAAUCCAGGACCCGCAAGAAGAAAAAACAUCGCAAGAGAUCUUCCUCCAGCAGUUCGUCAGACAGGAGGUCGUACACUCGUAAAAAGUCAGGAAGGAGAUCUAGGUCUCGUUCCAAAGAGACAUAUUCAAGCUCACACUCCCAUGACAAGAGACGCAGGCACCGUUCUAGCAGUGACUCCUCUUACGGCUCAAGGAGGAAGCGCAGUCGCAGCAGAGAAAGAGAGAAAGCCAGGUCGCGCAAGGUCCACAGGUCAAGAACAUCAAGGUCGCGAUCAAGACAUCGCCAGCGUUCUCGGAGCCGAAGCAGUGAACGAUCAAGUCGAAGACGGUCUCGCAGUAGGUCCCGUGAAAGGGAACGUGGUAAAGGUAAAGAAAAGGUGAAGACCAGGGAGAAGGACAGAGGCAAAGAAAAAGAAUCAAGUUCCAAGCUCGGGGGCUCGGUAAACAUCAAAACUGGAUUAGAACAUCUGCCUCCUGCUGAACAGGCCAAAGCAAGGCUGCAGAUGGUUCUCCAAGCUGCUGCAAAGGCAGAUGAAGCAUUAAGAGCAAAGGAGAGAAGCCAGGAAGAAGCCAGAAAGAAAAAGGAAGAUGAGCAAUAUGUUUUACUAGAGCAAGCGAAACGCAUGAACGAGAUUGAAGCCAUUGAAAGUGACUCCUUCGUUCCACAAGCUUUCCGCUCAAGCCGUGACACAAAAACCUCAACAGAAAGCAGCGAGACAAAGCAUGAAUCUGCUAUAUUAGGAAGUGGAACCAUUGACCAUCUUGAAGAGGAGAAGGAUAAAGAGGUCGGACAAAUCCCAACUUCUAUCAAAUAUCUUGAUGAAAACUGUCUUGCCCACCAAAAUUUAUAUAUUGAGAAGACGGAAGCAGAGGAGAAAUGGUAUAAAAGAUUAAUUUCGCUCAGACAAGAACGGCUGAUAGGUAGCCCCGUGGCAUGACGAACCAGACAUGACUCAGCCGAUUGUAAACUGUGUUAUUUUAACUAGUGUCAAACCCAGCAUUUUUUCUUUUACUUCUUCAUUAAAUGUUUUUAUACAA